GUUCACAUUUCCCGCCAACAUUUCAGUGAGGGCAGGGGCUGCCUCUGGCAUCAGCUUUGAGAAGAGCCGGCGUUUACAGUGCUGUUCACAGCACUGGGGGGGAUGUGAAGAAACAAAACAAAACCAUCCGCCCGCACAAAUCAUCUUCCCACUUGGCCUAUGAGUCACUCUGGGCCUCGGAAGCCUCGCGGGGUCCCCUUUGCCAGCGGAUUGUGCCUAUAGCCCCCAGAGAAGCGCGAGGCCUUGCACCCUGACGAAGGUCCUUCCCCCCUCAGCCUGAGGUUGGGUCAUCUCCUUGGCCUGGAAGAUAGUUUGGAGGGAGGGUUCCCUCAGGACAAAUAGUCUGCGAGGGUGACAACCCCUAGCGGGUCUCCCACCGGCUUGAGCCCGGCAGCGUGUCCGAUUCGGCGCCUUCCAGCCUCCUGCUGGGCCGUGGGACCCUUGAAGUCGCCAGGCCUGCGAGCACAGAUGGUCCCACCGUCUCCGGGGGCGGGCGCCGGGGUCAGGGGGCCUGCGGGCGCGCAAGUACGAGGGGGCAGGGAGGAGUAGUUAAAUCAGAUGUAGACAAACAAAAUAAACCCGAAGUCCGAGGCUUCGGACUACGGAGCCGAAAGAGGAUUGCCGGUGGGGCUAAAAAGAGGAAGAAAGAGGGGAAAAUUCAAACUGGGAAGAAGCGUGGACUGACUUCCAAAGCCAGAAAGCCGGGGAGCCUGCUCUCGGUCUUUCCAAGGGUCGCCCCUGGCGCUCAGCCCGGCGCAGGAAGCGCGCCUCGGGGCAGAAGGAGAGCCUGGGCCGGGGGAGAGGAGCCGAAGGAGGGAGGCAAGCCCGAGGGGAGGUGGAACCGAGGGUGUCGGUCCCACUGAGGCAGGACUGCGGGGAGCGGGCCCUCGGACCCGGGUCCCCGGGCCCGUCAAACAUGCCCCAGAGGUCUCAGCAGUGUUCGGAGCUGAUCGAGAGGUGGGAGGUGGAAGGUUCGGAGUGCCGGCCCAGCCCGGGGUGGGUGGGCGAGGACCCUGAGGCUGGGCGAGGGAAGGACCCGCCCCACUGCGGGGGGAGGGACCAGGGAAGAGGCUGGGUAGCGGGCGAGAGGGGAGGAGCCGGGGCGACCCGGCUUGGAGCCUUCAGCUCCCGGAGACCCAGCCGCCGGGAGUUGAAACUCCGACUCCCGCCGGGACCUAGGCGGCCGCGGGCCGAGCGCUCGCCCUCCUCUAGCGCGCGCGGCCGGGGCCCGCAUCGCCCGCGGAGCUUGACCUUGAGUCAGGACCCCUCGGGUUGGGCGACCGCACCCGGGAGGGGCCGACUUCCAGCUUCUCGCUCUCGGUCUUCCAAGCAGGCGGCGCUGCGGAGAGCGCGGGCCGCGCCCUCCGGCGUCCCGGCGCUCCCCAUGCACCUGCCCGGCUGCGCCCCAGCCAUGGCCGACGGCAGCUUCUCGCUCGCCGGCCACCUGCUUCGCAGCCCGGGCGGAAGCACCUCGCGGCUGCAUAGCAUCGAAGCCAUCCUGGGAUUUACUAAGGACGACGGGAUCCUCGGUUCCUUCCCGGAGGAGCGGGUCGCCCGGGGUGCGAAAGAGCGGGAUAGGAGGCCGGGCGCGCGGACCUCCUGCCCCAAGGCGCCUGCAGGAGGCGCCGAGCCCUCCACGCCGCCCGCCCCGGCACCGGCUCCCGAGUACGAAGCCCCUCGCCCCUACUGCCCCAAGGAGACAGGGGAGGCGCGGCCGAGCCCUGGGCUGCCUGUCGGACCCCCAGCCCCCAGCGACUCGAAGCUGUCAGAGGAGGAGCAGCCCAAGAAGAAGCAUCGACGGAACCGCACGACCUUCACCACAUACCAGCUGCACGAGCUGGAGCGCGCGUUCGAGAAGUCCCACUACCCCGACGUGUACAGUCGCGAGGAGCUGGCCGGCAAGGUCAACUUACCCGAGGUCCGGGUCCAGGUGUGGUUCCAGAACCGACGGGCCAAGUGGCGGCGGCAGGAGAAGCUGGAGGUGUCGUCCAUGAAGCUGCAGGACUCGCCUCUGCUCUCCUUCAGCCGCUCCCCGCCCGCCGCGGCCCUGGCGCCCCUCGGGGCGGGCCCGGGCGGCGGAGGCGGCGGGCCUGCGGGGGGCGCCCUGCCGCUCGAGUCGUGGCUCGGGCCGCCGCUGCCGGGCGGGGGCGCCACGGCGCUGCAGAGCCUGCCAGGCUUCGGGCCGCCGGCGCAGAGCCUGCCCGCCAGCUACACGCCGCCGCCUCCGCCCUUCUUGAACUCCCCGCCCCUCGGGCCCGGCCUGCAGCCCCUUGGGCCGCCGCCGCCGCCGCCGCCGCCGCCCGCCUACCCGUGCGGGCCCGGCUUCGGGGACAAGUUCCCGCUGGACGAGGCGGACCCGCGCAACAGCAGCAUCGCGGCGCUGCGCCUGAAGGCCAAGGAGCAUAUCCAGGCCAUCGGGAAGCCGUGGCAGGCCCUCUAAGGGCACCGGGGACCAAUUCAGGCCAGACGCCCGUCCUAGGAGCCGACCCCGAGCCGCAGGCGCUCACGCCUUCUCCCUGGGUCCCCCGGACUCGGCCACUCUUGCCCUGCGCCGCCUGAAGACCUAGGUCUAGGAUGUGCAUCUGCGCCCGACUCACCGCGGAGGGCUGACCCCCCAGGCCAGCCGAGACCUUCUGGCCACACCCACACUCCCACGGACCCCGGGCCUUGCUGCUGGAGGGGGACAGGCGGCCACGCUGCUGCCACCCCGGCGGGCGCCGGAGCCUCCAAGUUCAAGGUACCCAAAGCCCCUGACCUCGGCCGCUCCCGGGCGGCGUGGCAACCCCAGAAAAGGCCGACUGGGAGGAAGGGGAGGCGGAGAAAGUGUUUGAGGAACUGUCUGUAAAAGUAGUUUCGAAGAAUUGAGGAGGAGAAUUAAAGAUUUACCUGUUUU